AUCGGCGCGCGCGCUGCCGUGGCCGCCCUCUCGUGCGCGCUCGGGGGGGCCUGGGUGCGCCUGCGCGCGGCGGGGCCUUUUUUUUCACGUGUCCCCUGCCGGCCCGCGGGACUCUCCUUGCAGCGGCGGCCUGAGCGCAGAGUCCGAGCGGCGGAGGCGGCGGCGCGAGUCAUGGCUGGACAGGCGUUCCGAAAGUUUCUCCCGCUCUUUGACAGAGUAUUGGUUGAAAGGAGUGCCGCCGAAACGGUGACCAAAGGUGGCAUCAUGCUUCCAGAAAAGUCGCAAGGGAAAGUACUGCAAGCAACGGUAGUGGCCGUGGGAUCAGGCGCGAAAGGAAAGGGUGGAGAGAUUCAACCCGUCAGCGUGAAGGUUGGAGACAAAGUUCUCCUCCCAGAGUACGGAGGCACCAAAGUCGUUCUAGACGACAAGGUGCUCGCUCACACACAGCUUUCCGAGAAGGCCACUGUGGUGCACCCUGCCCCGCCAGUGAACAGACAGUCGAAGGACACACGCCCGCGCGUGACGCAGCUUUGGUCACCCGCGACACAGACCUUGAAAGCGGCUCCGGACCCCGGCUUCCACCCGCAUCUUCCCCUUCGGCCUUGGCGGACGGCGCACGGUUUUACCCGCGCCCGCUCCUCCUCCCACCGCCCCCUUCCCGGCGUGCCCCGCGCAGGCGACCGCCGCGCCCCGCCCCCCGCGCCAGCGGCCGGCCCCCACAUCCGGGUACCGACGCCCGCCAGCCGCCCAGACUCUGGCACUAUGGUCAUGGCGGAGGGGACGGCAGUGCUGAGGCGGAACCGGCCGGGCACGAAGGCGCAGGUAUGGUCUCCGCGGCUUUCCUGUCGCGGACCUGGCGGCGCCGAGCCGGCCCGGGAGAGGCCGGGCCGGGCCGCCGAGCGCCCUGGAGGCCUGCGAGGCGCGGGGCCCCGGGGGUGUCCGGUGAGGCCCGGGGCUGGAGCCCGUCCCCGGCCGCUGCCCGCGGAGACUGGGGACCGGACGAGCGUCCCCGCGUCCCGCCGCCGGCGUCCCGGCUGGAAGCACAGCCCAGCUCCGCUCCGCGCCGGCUUGGCCGCUGACGUCCCUGGCCGCUCGCUGGUCGGCCCCGGCCAGUUUGUCCAGCCGGAUGCAGGUGGCGAUCGCUGGCUUCUUCCUCGGUUGUUUGUCUUUGCCACCACUCCCUCCGGCUUCCCCGCGGCUGCUCACCGGUCCGGCGAGUUUUUGCCACCAGGUUGCGACUUGUCCCGUUAUAUUCAACAGAAUAUAAGGGCAGACUGCUCCAACAUUGACAAAAUUCUUGAACCGCCUGAAGGCCAAGAUGAAGGUGUGUGGAAGUAUGAACAUUUAAGGCAAUUCUGCCUUGAGCUAAAUGGACUUGCUGUCAAACUUCAGAGUGAAUGCCAUCCAGAUACGUGUACUCAAAUGACAGCAACUGAACAAUGGAUUUUCCUUUGUGCAGCUCAUAAAACUCCAAAAGAGUGUCCUGCUAUAGAUUACACAAGACACACACUGGAUGGUGCUGCGUGUCUUCUGAAUAGCAAUAAAUAUUUCCCCAGCAGGGUUAGCAUAAAAGAGUCGUCUGUAGCCAAACUAGGAUCAGUGUGCCGUAGGAUCUAUAGGAUAUUCUCACACGCCUAUUUUCACCACCGGCAGAUAUUUGAUGAAUAUGAAAAUGAAACAUUUUUAUGUCAUCGGUUUACUAAAUUUGUGAUGAAAUAUAACUUGAUGUCGAAGGACAACCUGAUUGUACCGAUUUUAGAAGAGGAAGUCCAGAAUUCAGUUUCUGGGGAGAGUGAAGCCUGAGAGGAAGCGUAGAAGAGUGUGCUGAUCACAUAAUUAACAGUUAUGUACUGUAUAUAUAUCAUGUUAGACACGUCAAUCAUGGAUCCAUAUUAUAGCUCUUCUGUUUAGUGGAGGUUUUUGUAUGCUGUGUGUUGCCUUUUAAAAUGGGAGAUACAUUUUAAGUUAUUCCUGAGCUGUGUAUCCACUGGUGUGGCUGGCACUCAUGGUUUUUAAAUAAGUUUAGUAUUAUCUGUUUAUAAUGCCUGUUAAUAAAAGAAUUUACAGUUUGGUAAAAUUGCUGCUAAACAAUCAUUGGAUCACAAUCCUUUCAAAUCUAUAAGAGUGAGCUUGGGUUUCACACAAACCAUUUACUAAAGCGAUAAUAUUUUCUUUAGUUUUGCCCCCUAAGUUUUGAUGUUUUAGAAAAUUCAGUAGUAUUCCACUUGCACUGUUAACUUUUCCAAGAUGAGAUAAAAGUGUUUAAAAAGUCUGUUUGUAGUUUUUAAUAUGCAUAACCAAUUAUGUAUAUGUUCGGAGAAAUACAAGGAGGUUAGUAAUACUUAAUAAUCUCACUCUGCUACAUAAAGCAUAUUCUAGGUCAGUGCACUUGGAAACACGAUCUCUUGUGACUGGAUUAUUCAUACCUGGUGAUGCUGAUAAGGCACAUCCGUGAUGCUCCGUGGACCCUGCCCUUUUCCCUUAGUCCUCUCCCCGGCUACAGUGGUCGGGAACGCGUUUGCCGAGCUAGGUUAGUGGUGGCUUCUCCUUGCGCCGCAUUAACUGCUGACAGAGCGGACCUCGUCUGGCAGUGACGUCACACUACAGGAACUGCACUGUGCAGCCUCCUGCCCACCUGUGUUUGGGGAAAUUGUAACUAUUUGGGAAAUAGUCCUCACCCUAGUUUGGUUCUUUCUGUUAGUCAUACUAAUCUUUUCAUCUAACUCUAGGCAGCAUUAAAUACCUAUGGAAAAGACAGUGUAUUUAUUUUAUUCUCCCUCCCAGAAGCGUUUUGUUUGAAUUAUAUGCGCAUAUAAGAAUAUUUACAAUAACUCAAGGUUCCAGUGGUGUUGAUGAAUGGUCAUGCCUUUUUUUUCUUUAAUUUCUUCAAUCUUAAAAAUUUAAGUGCGAAUUUAGAGCGUAUUUAGUGAAGUACUCACUGUAACGAGGCGGUGCGCUGGGAGAGUUGAAGCCAGCUGUCGCUACUGAUCGCACAAAGGCGAGGAGCUUCUUUUUAUUUAAGAGUUAUUUCCAAAUGAAAUUGAAGAAUGCGUUCAUCUUGUUUGUUUUUCUAACUAUUUGAAGAAAUGAUGUAUAUUAUGAGACAAGUAUGCACAGAGAGGUGUGGGAAACAGCGGGCCCGCGAGCGUGUGUCUGGUGGAUGCCUGCGGCCAGGUCGUCAUCACACCGUAGUCUACAGCUACCUUCUAAGAAGUUUUGUGUUCACGGCGAAGGGAACAUUGGCUGAAAUUAGGUGUUUAUAUUACUGUUACCAUAACCACUGGGAUUAGUAAUUUCUAAAUAAGCUUGGUAAAUAUAAGAGAGCCUAACCUACGUUCAUAAAUUAUACUUAGCAGUGUUGCUGUUCUCUAGUUGGGGUCUCAGUGGGUUUCGUCACUUGACUGUUUCUCAGUGAACAUUUAGGGUGGUGACUGGGUUAUGGAUCUGACUGAGGAAUCGGAACAUUUUGUGAAUACAUGGCUUAGUGUUAACAGGAAAAUAAAGGAUUUUUUUCUACUUAUU